AUGUUUUUAUUUUUUAUAAUACCGAUUGUUUUUACAAGUGAAAAUUAUCAAAUUCCAUCCUAUUAUGGAUCCAAAGAAUUAGAUUUUCUUUUAAGAAAAAGCAUAUUAAAUGGCAAUUUGAGUUCUUUUUAUUGGUAUCCAAGUGUUUCUAAAAAUGAAAAUACUUCUACAUUUUAUUUAGGUUAUAAAAAUGCAAUAUUUGAAAUUGAUAAAGGUAAUAAAAAUUUUAAUUUUAGACAAUAGAAGUAAAAUAAUAGCAGGCUCUCCAUUAGGAAAGUCAGGAUUUAGAGAUGGUGAUGCUGCAAGUUCUCUAUUUAAUAAUAUCAAAAGUGUAAUUUAUUUUUCUAAAAAUGAAACAUUAGCAAAGUAAGAAUAUACAAAAUAAACAAUAAUUUUGAAUAAUAAUAAUACAGAAUGCUUAUCUGUUGAUUAUUCAAACUAUACUCAAUGUUUAGAUACUUAAAGUGAUCCAGUAGAUCCUUAUAAAAUAAAGGAUGUAUAUAAAGAGUAGUCAGUAAUAUAAGAAGAAUUUAGAGAAUUUCUAUAUAUAGUGGAUUCUGGAAAUCAUUGUAUUAGAUAAAUAGAUUUAUAAAGAAAAAUAACAAAAACUAUUGCUGGGAUAUGUGGAUAGAGGUAAUAAAUAGUUGAUUAUUAAUAUUAGUGGUUUUAAAGAUGGUUUAUUGGGAAUGAACUUAUUUAACACUCCUGAUUAAAUGGGAAUUGAUGUUUUGGGUAAUAUUUUUGUUAAUGAUUUUAAUAAUCAUUUUAUUAGAAUGAUAACAUUAGAUGGAUAUGUAAAUACAUUAAUAAGUGGAAGUUGUAGAUAAGAUGUGAGAUAUUAGGAUGUCUAAUUUGAUAAAUUGAAUUUAAAGAGGGUCAUUUGUUUAAAAAACUGGAUAAAAACAUCAGGCAAACCAACAGAUCAUUUAGUAGUUUAAAAUUACAAUAUAUGUACUUAACAUAUAAUAGAUUGUUAAUGAUUAAUUAUCAAAACAUAAAAUUUAGUAAAAAUUCUGACUCUCCAUAAUAACAAUAAUAAUCAAUUAAACUUCCUUUGAUAAUAGAUCUGAACAAAAAAAGACAGAAUCAUAUCAAAAAUAAUAAAGUACAAUCUAAAUCAAUGAAUUAAAAAGAAAGGAAAAACAAUUUUAUUCGAAAUAGCAUUAUAACAGAUGUAAAUGAAAUAAUUAAAUAAUAUCAUAUUUCAUUAUUUAGGGAAGAGUAAGGAGAAAGAUCUUCUAGAAAUUAGAAAAAAAACAAAUAAUUAUGGAUAUAAGAAAAUAAAAACAAAGAUAAUAAACUCAUAACUUAAUAUCAAUUACUUGAAUUUCGAUUAAAAUAACAUUAAAUCAAGAAAGAUAAGUCAACAAUUUCUAUAUAAGGAAAUAGACUAUAAACUAUUAGUACAAUUUCAUAUGACACAAUUAAUAAAGAAUGA